AUGGACUCGCGAGGUGAAGUAGCACCAGUUGCUGCACUGGCAGCAGCAGCAGCCGCAGCGGCUUCAGCUCCAGCUGCAGCAGCUCCAGUUCCAGCAGAAGCAGCAGCAGUAGAUGCUGCUGCAGGCGUCGGUAAAACUAUUCAAGGGCUGUCUACCGUUCCCUCAGCUUCUCUCCAGUCUCCGAGCGCCAGCAGCAGCAACAGCACCAGGGCCAGCACCGGUGCCAGCAUCAACAGCAGCGGCUGCAGCAGCAGCAGCAGCAGCGGCGUACUCGUGAACAGCAGCAACAGGGAGACCGAGGCUGCAAUGCGGCUGAUGCUGCAGCCAGCGGAGGUGCUGCUAGACAGGACGACUGCGUUAUUUGCUGCUCUUGCAGAUCCAGAUUUGUACAGGCAGCACUGGGCUGGCGUUGCCCCCGGCGUUUGCUGCCACAGAGGCAGCAGCAGCAGUGGCUGCUGCUGCUGCGAUGAAGGGGCGGGCUGCGUUUGCAGCGUAUGCAGCAGCAGCCCUGAGCAGCAGCGACGGUACAGCUGCAGCGGCAGCAGCUGCAGCCUUGCUGUGCCCCCACGAGCAGAGGGCCCGCUGGUGGAUUUGCUGCCUCUUUUUUUGUGUCGGAGCGAUGCAGCAGCAGCAGCUGCUGCUACUGCAGCAGAGCGCUACAGCUUUUUGCCCACUGCUGCUGCUGCUGCUGCUGCUGUGCCUCUUAGGUAUGCAGACGAUGUCGCCUGCUACUGUCUUCGCCUGGACUUCUUGGGCCGGCCAGCGGCGCCGAAAGCAGCAACAGACACCGCUGGGAGAGAGCACGGGCCCAACCAGGAAGCAAGGCAGCAGCGGCAGCAGCAGCAGCGCUCAGCACCGUGUCACUGCUGCAGCUGCUGCUGCUGUAGCCGCUGCAGUAGACACGCUUCGCCGUUUCUGCCCUUUGAACCGUGCCUUCAUGAUUGCCCUACGGUAAGGGACGCGCAAGGCUCGCAGCAGCAGCAGCAGCAGCAGGAGCAGAAGCAGCAGCAACAACAGGCAGCUGCUGCCUUUGCUGAGGACGUGCUGGCCCGAGAUGUGCCCGCCGUUGCAUUUGUGGGCCCUCCUCCGGCGUGGAUGUCAGUUCAUCUCAGGAGGGAAGAUGAGGCCACGCCGGCUGCAGCAGCAACAGAAGCCGCAGCAGCAACAGAAGCAGCAGCACCUGCAGGAGCUGCAGAGGCCGCAGCAAAAGCUGGGACCACCUCCGCACCACUUGGAACGGCAGCGGCGCUUCCUGCAGAAGCUGCACAGGGGGAUACGGCAGAAGGAGCGUCAGGUUCUGCUGCAGCAGCACCAGCUUCACCAGCAGCAGCUGCUGCUUCUGCUGCUGCCCCGAACUCUGGAACUUUUGAGCCCGUGGCAUUUCCCACCCGUCUUUACGGCUACCACAUUGGCCGUCGUUUUGCUGCUGCGGCGCGUGACUCGGCGCUGCUGCUGAAACAGAAGCGGCAGAAUCGCACAGCAGCACCAGCAACAGCAGCAGCAGCAAGAACAGACGCAUCAGCAACUAAAUUGGCAGCGGCAGCAGAAGAACGACCCCAGAACACGUCUGCGUCUAUGAAUGUUGAUUCAGCAAGCGUGGAACCUGCCGCCCAAAGGGAGGACGCACCAGCCGGCAGCAGCAGCGGCGGCAGCAGCAGCAGCAGCAGGUUACGGUGUACGUGCAGCUGCUGCACGGCAGCAGAUUCGUUGCUCAAGCUGCUGGAGUCAGACCCUCCAACGUUUGUUGCAGUAGAGAACAGCAGCAGCAGGAGCCGCACCUGCUACGUGUACCAGGGCGCCACUGGAGCAGGCAGCAGCGGCUGCAGCAGCACCAGCAGCACGAGUAGCACCAGGGGUUUGGGUAUUGGCAGCAGCAAAGCCUCACGGGCGUCCGUCAGCCACAGGGAGGGCGUGUGGCUGCUGCGCUCUGCAGCAGGAGGAAAGCCAUUUGCUGCGCAGGCCGUGCUGCAUCUCCGUGUGUCUGCGUUGCUGCUGCUGCAUGCAUCACGCCGGCGGAAGCUGCUGCAGGAAUUCUCCAACAGCAACAGCUGCAGCAUGAACGGCGAGAGCAGGGGAGGCGCAGAAGCGAGGGAGUCUUGCUGUUGCUGCUGCUGUAAGGACGUUGGUGACGCGCAGUUAUCGCACCAAAGCAGCAGCAGCAACGGCAGCAGCGGCGAAGCAUUACAACGGCAGCUGCUGCUGCAUGCAGACGCGCAGCUGGACAUUUCACUUGUGAAGCUUUUGCUGCUUGAUGUGCACCGCGCCUUCCCAGCGGAGCCGACUUCCCGCGUGCUGCGGCGUUUGCGGCGAAUGACUCUCACUUGGUUUCGCUGCAAGAAAAUGGCGCUGCUUGUGCAGCAAGAGCAGCAGCAGCAGCAGAUAUACCACGCAGACGCGGGAGCUCUGCUGGGGCUGCCUUCGCAGCCGAACGCCUCCCCCUCCGCAGCCCCAGCAUCAGCAUCAGCAGCAACAGCAGCAACAGCAGCAACGGCGAAACCACUCCAGGCUAAGGACAAGUUUUGUCUUCCUAACCUGCCGCAGCAGACCCUUCGUAUCUUGCUGGCCGACGCUGCGGUGGAAGCUUCUUACGCAGCGGAGUUGUGCGAAGUGGCCGAGGGCCUUAUAAGCCGGUUGGGCGAUUUCGCUCGGCCUUCGACCUGCAGAACGGGAUGUUUCAGGCCUGCAGCAGCAGCAGCUGCUGAAUCCGGCAGCAACAGCAACAGCAGCAGCAGGGCGGGAAAGCAGCAACUGGCCAUCGGGCUACGGUGGCGGGGAGACUUCUUCUGCUUUGAGCUCUUUGCUGCAGUUCUACAGCAGCGCGCAGAAGACGCGGGGGAUAAAGAUGGAACGAACAGUUUGUGGCGCCUGCUGCUGCAUGAAGUGCUGCAGCCUUGCGUCUUAGAUGCGGUGUCUGUACACCUGGCAUUUUGCUUAGCUCUGCGGCGGCUGUCACCGUGGCUGCAGCUGCAGCAGCAGCCCCUGCAGCUUCUGCGCUGCACCGCAGAGGGACAUCAGGUGCUGGCAACAGCAGCCAUGCUUUCCAGCGACUUUGCACAGAGACUGCACCACUUGGAGAACCAGCGGCAGCAGCAGCCAGAGCAGCAGCAACAGCCUCCGCAGCAGCAACAAGAAUGCCCAGUAAAAGUGGAAGAGGCUACUCAUCCUCUACUGCGCCACCAAAGCAGUGAAAGCUUCCAGCAAUUUGCAGAAGACCUUGACUCUGGCCUGGUCGAAGGCAACACGUCCGCUGCUGCUGCUGCUGCUGCUGCUGCGGAUGAGCCUGUAGGAGCCCUUAAUUUAGACGAAGCUGUGCAGCGGCUGGCACUUCUGAACAAGCCUCUCGCAGACGUGCCGAUUGAGGAGCCAGCAGCUGUGGAGGAGGAGGAGGAGCAGCAGCAGCAGCUGCAGAUGAAGCAGGAGCAGCAGGCGCCAAAGGCAGCAGCAGCUCUUAAAGAUGCAGGCGCGCCCGAAACUGUGGCAGACGAGACAUGCGAGCACACCAAGGAGCAGCAGCAGCAGCAGCAACGGAAAAACACCGCAGCAUCAGGCGGAGCUCUAGCUGCCUAUUUCGACAGUGUGCGGCAGCUGGAGGAGGCUAGGCAUGGUUGCGGCGACCGCAUGUGCUACGGCAGCAAAUCUGAGUGCAUCGACACUGCUGUUGCGCUGCAGCUGCUAGACGCUGCGCAGCAGCAGCAGCACACAGAGGGGGAGCUCCUCAGCAGUGCUUGCUGCAGCUUAAAGGUGCAAUCAGAAACCUGUGUAUCGGGGAACUUCCUGCAGAGCAGCGAACCAGCAGCUCGUGCUGUCUUUCAAGCCGUCUUGGUAUCACUGAAUCAGCAGGAGCAGGAGCAGCAGCAGCAGCAGCAGAUGCCGAAGCAGCUGCAACAGCACCAAGUGCCUGGAUUCAGUUGCGAAUAUGUCGGCGUAACAGAUGUGGCUGCUGGUGACACCCUUACCUUCUCCCUGCUGCUCACGCUGCUGCUGCCGACGCAGCGCCUGCUGCUGCCCCGAGUGCAGCAGCUAGCCCUACGGGAUAUCAGCCGCACUAUGGGCACGGGAGCUGCAGCACCAGCUUUAGCAGUUACGGCAAGUAGCGCAGCAGCAGCGAACCACGCUGCAGCAGCACGGCAGUGCACCCAGGCGACUUCUGGGACGCUGCAGCCUGAGGGUUUCAGCGGGAAUAGCACAGCUUGCAGCAGCCACCGUAGCAGCAAAGGCUGCUGCUGCAGCGGGACCUGCUGCUGCUGUUACGGUAACGACAGCGGCAGCUGUGUAGAGGAGGCUUCUGCGGAGCCCGAAGAGCUUUCCACUGUCGUUCUUUCUGGUCCAGCAGGCCAGGAUGCCCCAGCGGAGGCGUUGCAGCCGUGCGACGUGUUGGGCCCGCUGCUGCUGUCGCAGCAGCAGCACCUGCAGCAGCAGCAGCAGCAGCAGCGGCAUCAACAGCACCGCGGCGGCGUAAGCCUCCGAGUGACUUCAGCGGAAGAAGGCAGCAGUGGCGUGGAAAGUGAUGGAGAGGGGAGGCCUGCGUCGCCUCUGCAGCAGCUGCAGCAGCAGCCGCUGCUGGCGUCACCAGGCGCCCUGCAGCUCCCGGGCAGCGCGCAAGGCCAUGAUCCCGUCAGCAGCAGCAGCAGUAGCAGCAGCAGCAGCAGCAGCGCACUUGCAGAUACUGAGGGGGACCUCGAGGGCUUUCUUCUGGCAGCGCUGACGCAGCUGACCGGCUUUGUCCACAGAGGGUCUGAGCUCGACGUAGGCAUUCCUAUUGCUGCAGAGUUGAUAGAAGAGGCGGGAGAGGAAAUACAUGCAAUAUGCAGAGUGCCAGCGAACGACAAGGCCUUAUCUCCCUUCCGAUCGUUGCCAGCAGCAACGACCAGCAGCAGCCAGCAGCAGCAAACUGCGCCACAAGAGUGGGCCGCUGCGGCUGACGGGGCGGAGGCGGGCGGCGGUACUCGCUUAGCGUGUACCUGGGCCUCGAGCACUUCCGCGCAGCACUUCCAGCAGCAGCUGCAGCAGCAGCAGUCUCAGUCCGAGUUGCGGCUACUGCCCGCGCUCUUUGCUGGCCUGUACCAUACGGGAGCCACAGCAAAGCGUCGUUUGUUUCCUCGGCACCGUGUCGUAACAGCAGCAGCAGCCGCAGCUGCUGCUGCAGCAGCCGCCACUUCUUCUGCCGCUGCUGGCGCCGCCUCGAAAUCGAGGGGCCGCAGACAGCAGGCCUCCUCUCCAAGUCACCGACAGCAGCAGCAGGCUGGCGCUCAGCGCCAGUCAGCCUCUUCGCCUGCAGCAAAGGAAGACGGAUCCUUUCUGCGACCUACUGCAGCAGGCAGCAGCAGCGGCGCUGGACUUAAGCCUUCUUCUGGCCGCAGCAGCAACCGCAGCGGCAGCAACACCCCCACCGGUGUCUACUUUGAUGCAGCGCGGCAGCUGUGGCGGUGCCAGUGGAGGUCUGAAGGGCGGCUGCGCAGCAAGGGGUUUGCUGUUGCGCGUUACGGCAGCUCAGACGAGGCCAGAGAGGCGUGCAUUGCUUACCGAGAGCUUGUUGUGCAUGCAGGUGCUGCAGCAGCAGAAGCAGCAGCAGAAGCAGCGGCUGCAGCGGCGGCAGGAGCCCUCGCAGGCGCAGCAGCAACAGCCGCUGAAGCUGAGCCAAAGGCAGGUGCACAACGUGCCACAGACAAAUCUCCCACAACAGCGGCAUCGCCUGCUCAAGCAGCAACAACGGGAAGAGCAGCAGCAGCAGCAGCAGCGGUGGAUGAGAUAAAGCAACAGCUGUCGCCUACGUGGAAAGCAGCGAGCAGCAACAGCAACGUCUGCAGCGCUGCUGAGGCUCUCGCGGCCCCGCCGCUGCUUCAUCAUGGCGGCUUGCUCAAACAUAGCGUGGCAGCGCUGCCGGCACCCGUUGCAGCAGCAAGUACAGCAGCAGCACAGGCAGCUCUGGCUGCAACUUUGCAAAGAGCAACAGCAGCGCCAGACGCACUAGCAGGGAGCUCACUGCGCGAGACGGGCAGCAGCGAGAGCAGCAGCAGCGGGCCCUCCGUGAAUCCACAAGCUGCUCCGGCUGCUCCUGCUCUGGUCAGUUCAGCAACAGCAACAGCAGCAGCAGCAGCACUUCAAGGCGAACGACUGAUAGAGUUCGCUGGGGACAUUUUAGCUUUGCUAAAUCGAGCGAAAGAAGUGGCGGCUGUGGAGAAGCAGCUUCAAGAGCAGCGCCUGCAGAUGCAGCAGCAGCACCAGCAGCGGCAGCAACAGCAACAGGAGGAGUCGUCGGCUACGCCUGCCGCUACGUCAGCAGAGAGAGAUAGGCAGCAGCUUCGUCACAUGCUCGUGUCACAGCUAGAGCACGCGCUGCAGCAGCAGCAGCAACGUAUGCAACAGCUGCAGGUGUUAGGGGACAUCGACCUGAGGCAGCAGCGAAUGUCGGGGCAGGAGGGGGUGUUGCAGCAGCAGCAACAGCAGCAGCAAAUGCUUCUCCACAGGGUUGCGGCACUGAGCAGACAGGCUGUGCAGCAGCUGCAGGAAGUGCUGCAGACUCUGCUGCAGUUGCCGCUGCAGCAGCAGCAGCUACCGCCGCAACAGGCGCUGCAACAGGAACAACCACCGCAGCCGGUGCAGCAACACUUUUCUCCCUGGGAGGGCGCCUCGGCAGCAGCAGCAAGUCCAGCAGCCAGUGGGGUGCAGCAGCGAGAGCGCGCAGCUUUUGCCUCAGCAGCUGCACCUCUUGAAGGUCAGCACAGACCGAAGAGGGAGGAGGCAGGCAACGCACAAGCAGCAUCGGCAGCACCAGCAGCAGCAGCACCAACGACAGCAGCAGCAGCAGCACACGACGAAGCAGUUCCAGCGAAAAGGCUUCGCGUUGCCCUGGACGGCUUUGCAGGCGCCUGA